GUACAGUAAUACCUGAUGCCAGCAUCCAGUGUUCGCCUACCAGCCAGCCAUCGUGUGCACUCGCGGGCAAGCCUGACAGUUUAUUCUUCGACUUUCCGGCAGGUUGCAAGUGAAAAUGAAGGGUGUCUGUGUGAUCUGUGGAAUAAUAAUAAUUCUGAUGUAUUUUGACGGGAUACACUGUGUAGGUGAGACCUGCAUGAAAAACAAUGACACCUGUUCGAAUAGUACAGUGUGCGACCCGAGACAAGAGACAUCACCUAUGUGCUUGAUCAAGGCAAACGGAAACUGCACAGGCAACGAGUCCAAGUGUGUGAAGAUGGCGUCCUGCCAGAGCGGCAAGUGCACUUGCAACAGCACUUGGUCGGUUGCAGGCAAUAGCAUCUGCUUGUCAAAGUCCGGAGGAGAAUGCACGACGAACGGCACUUGCGUUGCAGAUGCCAUGUGUGUGGACAAGAAGUGCAAGUGUAAUUACAACGUGGCAAGUGACAGCAUGUGCACUUCAGGAGCGGCUGUCCUGGUCCAUCCCUUCAUUCUGAUCAUGGUCAUCGCACUUGGCGCAGCUAAACUUCAAAGUAUUUCUGACACAGCCUGACCCCGCCAGACAAGUGAUGCAUGGCCUUCCUAGAGCUGCUUUUGUUUUCAUUUAGGAGAGCCUGAAUGAUGGACCUCUUAAACUACUGUUUCCAGAUUAGCUUGACAUCGUAGACUCCUGCUGGCCACGUGUUAGUUGACCUCUCACAUAGCUUGUCUCAGUGACCUUUGUCUUCUAGCCAUGCUUGGAUCAUAACAUAUCAAGACUGCCGAUUAAUUUUGUGAAGGUGAAUGGCAGAUUCUAACACCAAUAGUUGGCUCUUCGGUAACAUAAACAUUACUAUGCAGCCUUGAAUAUGUCUUGGUUUUAUGUAAGUGCGAUCAAGACUGUAAUGACACACAACAACAACAUCUCUAGAAAGAAUCACACAGUACAGUUGGAAUGACAAAGUACAUGCAAUGUAAUUCUCCAGUUUACUAAUAUAAAUUAAAAAGUUCCGCUCUCCUAGAUUGAAGUAUAUGCCUAUGUUAGAGUUGGGGGAGGGGAAUAGAAAAUGCUUGAUAAAAGAUAAAGAGCCUUCAGAAAUGUAAUACUUUAAACGACAGAAAAGUGCAAAUAAUUUUACCUUCUAUAAAGGCAAACGCCAAAAUCCAGCUGUCAAACAUGUCAAACAUUUCAAACUUACUUUGAUGUUUGUAACUGUGGGUUACUAUUAAUUAUUGACAUGUACAGACAACAAACAGUGUUAGUUCUUUACGACCAAAACCAUUUUGUAAUCUUGUUUCACUGUCGUCUGUAGGCUUGAAAUAAAUGUUUUAAUAUUU